AUGGCCCCAACAGAGCGACUUUGGGAUGAAGCUUAUGAUGCCAUUAAGCAUGAAGAUGCCAAACUCGUCGAGGGAUAUGAGAGAGUUCUGUCUCAAUAUCUACAGGGUCACGGCUUCACCACAGAUUCGGAUAAGUCACCUCCAAAUGCCAUUAUUGCGGAGAGUCCAAAUGCGCGACGGCAGCAAAUGAACAAGCUUAUCCGCGUGGGCCUUGAUUCAACGGCUCGGGAGGCCAAAGUGAAAGACGGCCUUGGGACUGCGAUGGGAAUUGUCCUUUCUUUCAAAGACAUGGUCAGUACGACAAUAGCAGCCGUUCCACAGGCCUCAAUUGCCUGGUCUGGUAUAUGCGUUGCCCUGGGAGUACUCGAAAGCGCCGUCAAAGAGACCGCCUCAAAUCGCGAUGGGAUCGAAUGCGUCAUUACUCGCAUCAGAUGGUAUGGAAAUGUUUCCAGUAUUCUUAUUGACGAAAGCACUCUUAACGGUGCGGCCCUGUCUGGAAUGAAGAGCGAGCUUGAGAAACGGCUGGUGGAGCUCUACAAAGCUCUACUUCUGUAUCAAAUGAAGAGUGUUUGUUCCUACCACAGAAAUCGUGGUUACGGUUUCUUGCGGGAUUUGGUAAAGCUUGAUAAUUGGGCAGUCAGUAUCCAAAGUAUACAGAAAGCCGAGAACAGUUUGCGCCAGGAUACUGAGAUAUAUGGAAGCCAACAAUCCCGAUCACACCUCCAACUCAUUGCGAGCCAUGCCAAAACGCAAGAAUUGGAGAUCAAAAAUAUUGCAAGAGCUCUAGAGGAGCAACAACUCCGUCGGGAAAUCUCCGCAGAGGAUCAAAAUUGUUUGAAGGAAUUGUGGCCGCACGAUCCUGAUGUUGAAAAGAAACGCAUUGAAGAUACAAAGGGGGGCUUGUUACAAGACUCUUUUAACUGGAUAUUGGAGAACGACGGCCUUUACAAGCUGGAGGGUUUAGGGCCGCAAGCGCAGCUAAGUCUAGAGCUGAACGCCGACUCUGUGGCCGGUGCUGUCCAGAUAUACAUCAAGCAAAAGGUCUUACAGUUAAGCGAAAGCAAAGGAUAUAAAAAGGACAGGGAAGAAGCUGUUCGAAAAUACCUCCUGGAGAACGCCGAUGGCACAUUUCUCUGGGUAGCCCUCGUUUGCCAAACUUUGCAGAGGGUCUCGGCAUGGAAUGCCCUAACCAAGUCUAAUGAAGCCAAGAUAUGCAAACGCAUUCUUGCUGUUGUCACUGUUGAUCGCCAACCUCUUACACUUCAAGAGUUGAUAGCACUUGCUGAAACCCCAGGAGAGUUAGAUGAAAAGAUACCAGCCAUUUGCGACCUCAUAGCGCAAUGCGGUUCAUUCCUCACUAUUCGAGAUGAGGUUGUCUAUUUUGUGCACCAGUCAGCAAAAGAUUUCUUAUCCGGCACGAACACGAAGCAGACAUUUUUCUUGAAGAUUGAUGCAGCCAAUGACUAUAUGGCUCCUGAUCCAGAUCCUCUGAUCGCCAUUGGAUACCCUUGCGUUUUCUGGAUUGAUCAUUUCGUGGAUUCAAUUACGAGCAAGGCCAAACUAGAAACAGCAGAAGGUAUCUGGGAAUCACUGGUCGAUGAUGCCAAAGCAUUCAUUGAGAGGAAAUAUCUAUUCUUGCUUGAGGCUCUCAGCCUACUAAGAAGAAUACCGGAAGGUGUAAUAGCAAUGAGAAAGUUGCAGGAAUUCUUUAAGAAGGGGAUGAAGUAUGAUUCAACUGGCCUCAUUCGAUAUGCCUAUCGAUUCAUAUUGGCAGCCAAACAGACCAUUGAGAGCCUUGCCCUCCAAAUCCAUCCAUCGGCCCUUCUUAUAUGUCCAAUCACAAGCCGAAUACGGCAGCAAUUUUUAGAAGAUCCGGCCACAUUCUUUGAAAUGAAGCACGGCAUGCAGACUGGGUGGGAUUCAUGCGUCCAAACCGUAUAUGUAGACUUGGGCAUAGGAACUCGCAUAGCUAUUUCACCAGAUGACAAGCUUCUUGCUUCCGCAUCACACAAUACUGUACAAAUUUGGAAUAUAGCAGGCCAUGUUUGCAUACAAACACUGGAAGGCCACACCGACCGGAUAACGUCGGUCAUGUUCUCAUCAGACAGUCAACAGUUAGCAUCAGCAGGAUACAAUGCCACAAUCAGGAUCUGGGACCUCGCCUCAACAUCUUCUCUUAUUUUGUAUGACGACGGCUAUGUAUUACGACAAUCUGUUACCUUCACCAAGGAUGGUAAAUUUCUCGUCUCGGGUUCUAAUGACGGCAACAUAAAGAUCUGGGACACUACGUCGGGCAAAUAUGUACAGAUUGGGUGA